UGGAGGAGGAAACUGAAUUAUUUGGCGACAUCAUCAUCAUCACCAGAUUUGCUAUCUGGUUCACGUGACAUCACAGAGGGAUGGGGAAUUAAAUGGGUUUUAUUUAGAUGUAAUCCCUUAUAGCAAUCGGCAGACUGGGUAAAAUGUCCUCGUGAAGGGAGAGAUAAACCGUGCUGGAUUAGUUCAAGCCCCUGCCCAACCCAGCCUAUCCUCCUUUUUUUUCUUUUUCCACCAACGAAUAUUUGGUGGCUAUCUGCUGUGGAAUAACUCCUUUUCCUCAGCUGUGUUUGUGCAGUUUGGUGAGAUGUGGAUGUGUUUUUUGUGUGGUAUUUUUUUUCAGCUCACACAACAAAGCAACAUGGCCAGAGAUUAAUUAUUCAAGGACGGACAGCUAAGGGGGGAGUCACCUGAUAGUGUGGACUUACUACAAUCCAGUUUCAGGUGAAAUGGAACACUUCUUCCUUGUUGUUCUUUGAUGCUGUACAGGAAGACUUGAGCUUCUAAGUGCACUUUUUUUCUCCAACGCUUCUUUUUUGUAGCUUUUUUUUUAAAGUUGCCAAUGCUUGUCCCUAACAAACAGUUGGGCCUUGGACGCUCCCAUAGUUGGGACACAUUAGGAGGGAAUGAGGGUCAGUGGGAGAGGCAGUGUGACAGCGUGUACGAGCAGCAAGCGAGAGUAACAGGCCGACGAAACUCCCUGUCAUACGGGGAGGGGGCAGGGUGGUACGAGGCUCCAACAGGGGUGCGUCCUCCUGACCUGGAUUUGAAACGCGCUUCAUAUUCUUACCAAGACACACCCUACGGGCAGGUUUAUGCUGAGCGACACGAUCCACGGGGGCUGAGGAAGAGCUCUGUGCCGGACUUAAACCACUACGAACGUGCACCCAUGGCUCACCGAGGAUCCGUACCACACCAGGAUUACUAUCCUCACGACCCAGCCAUGACUCCACGACCUCCUGAGGGUCUCUACCGGGCAGAGCAUCAGUCUCCUCUACCUCACCCUCAUCCACUUAGCAGGUCAGGUUCACAUUUUGGGAUUUCACCUGGAGCUCGAACAUCAUGGGAUCAGGGUCAGCCUGGCAGGACAGGACCCCAAGGUCCUUCAUCACCACUACCGCCUGCCCCAACAGCUCAUGAAUUGAAUCGAGCUUAUAGAGAACCUGUUGUCAAGUUGAUGCAAGAUGGGCAGCAGCACUUACCUUCAAGGGAUCCACCUCCCGUUCACUAUAGUAUGGAGCAAGUUUCGCCUCGAUAUGCCAGUGAACCUCUACCGUCGACUGGUCAACCAGUCUAUACAGGUGUUGAUGGCCGCCCUCUGGAUUCACAGCAACAGGUUGCUACCUGUCUUGUUGUAGAUCCUGCGAGUCAAGGUAUGGCAAUGAGGCAAGAUGCAACUUCUCCUUACACCAUCCAACAGCAGCAGCAAUUACAACAUCAGCAACUGCAACAGCAGCAGCUCCACCAGCAACAAUUACAGCAGCAACACUUACAGCAACAACAACUACAGCAACAGCAAAUGCAGCAGCAACUACAACAGCAACCAAUUCAACAGCAGCAGCUUCAGCAAGAGCAGUUGCAGCAGCAUCUGCAACAGCCACCUCUACCUCCACCUGCCAUACCGGUGUCUGACCCAAAUCUUGCUAUGACCACUCCACUUCCAGCUCCACCUAUUCCAGUGCAGACCGCACCGGUUGUCCCAGUUGCACCUGCUCCUGUUCAGGCUGCACCUACUCCAGCCCCUCCUCCUCCAGCUACUCCACUUCCUGCUCCGCCGUCUGCUCCUCCCCCAGUGGCCCCACAGACACCGUUGCCCGUAGACCCCAAGAGGUCAGUGGAUCCAGAAUUCCUUUCUUUGCUGCGCAAUGAAGGCCUAACAGAGAGCACCAUCUCCUCGCUCAUCCAGCAAGGAUUUGACUCCACUAGUAUGCUAGCUGUUAUGGAGGAUAAUGAUGUCCGCACUGUUGCUCCCAAUCUUGGCCAGGCUCGUGUGCUGUCUCGCCUGCUCCAUGGCUUCAAGCGGCCCAUUGACACAACUCCAGCCCUCUCCCGGCCUCAGACACCCAUGCGAGGUCGUUCUAGUAGCUUUAGCCAUCGCUCAGACAUCUAUCAGCAACAGCACCACCAUUCAUCACACCCUUCGCAGGCAAUGGCCAUGGAUCCUCAGAUCAUGCUACCACAGAUGCCUGCAGCCAUGCAAACCAUCUCUCCAAGAAUGGGAGAAAUAAUAAGUAGGAGGCCCAGCAGCGCCCCUUCUCAAAACAUCCUGGAAGCCUCCGCAAGCUACCCAGGCCAACCACCUCGAUCCCCCGGACCAUACGCUGGGGCCAUUAUUCCUGUCCAUACAAGACCGAUGUCAGCUUACUCAGCAGCAGUGACAAUGUCUGGGAUGCCUAUGCAUGGCAUGCAGAUCAUGCCACAACAAAUGACUGGAUCAAUGCCUGCUAUUCCAGGAUCUAUUAACUCCAUGCCAGGAAUGCCACAACAGAUGCCCAUAUCCAUGCCAGCUUUGCAGCAGCCACCUCAGCAAGUUCCAAAAGCAUACUCCACCAAUUAUACAGUACCCAUGGAGCUGAUGAAGAGGGAUAGAAGUAUAUUGCCAUUGUCGCCAAUGCACAGCCCCCACCCAAGCCCUCAGCUGAUCCGUAAAGGAGGGGGACCUACAUCAGACAAUGCUCUCAUCCCGGCAGGAACAACUGUACAAGGCCAUGGUGCCUUGGUUGCUAACCAGAAGCUGAGUCGACGCACAGGUCCACCUGUCAUCGUGUCCACGAUGGCAUCUCCAGACACAAGUAUUCGGCCCCAGAUUAUGAAUGGGCCUAUGCAUCCUCGCCCCCUGGUGGCGCUUCUGGAUGGGCGCGACUGCACUGUGGAAAUGCCCAUCCUCAAAGAUCUGGCCACUGUGGCUUUCUGUGACGCUCAGUCCACGCAGGAGAUUCAUGAAAAGGUGCUGAAUGAGGCUGUCGGCGCCAUGAUGUACCACACCAUCACUCUGACCAGAGAGGACCUGGAGAAGUUCAAGGCGCUGCGCAUCAUCAUCCGCAUUGGCAGUGGCUACGACAACAUCGACAUCAAGGCCGCCGGAGAGCUCGGAAUAGCGGUGUGUAAUAUUCCCUCGGCGGCGGUAGAAGAAACAGCAGACUCGACGCUUUGUCAUAUUCUCAACCUGUACCGGCGAAACACCUGGCUGUACCAGGCUCUCCGGGAAGGCACGCGGGUCCAGAGCGUGGAGCAGAUCCGGGAGGUGGCGUCCGGGGCAGCAAGGAUCCGAGGAGAGACGCUCGGCCUCAUCGGGUUUGGACGCACAGGCCAGGCGGUGGCCAUGCGGGCCAAGGCAUUUGGCUUCAACAUCAUCUUCUACGACCCUUACCUCCAGGACGGCUUGGAGCGCUCGCUCGGAGUGCAGCGGGUCUACACGCUGCAGGAUCUGCUCUACCAAAGCGACUGCGUGUCCCUGCACUGCAACCUGAACGAGCACAACCACCACCUCAUCAAUGACUUCACCAUCAAACAGAUGCGUCAAGGUGCUUUUCUGGUCAACGCUGCACGAGGAGGUCUUGUAGAUGAGAAAGCUUUGGCCCAGGCCUUAAAAGAAGGCAGGAUACGGGGUGCAGCCAUGGACGUCCAUGAGUCAGAGCCUUUUAGUUUUUCCCAAGGUCCCCUCAAAGAUGCCCCCAACCUGAUCUGCACCCCCCACACUGCCUGGUACAGCGAACAGGCGUCGCUGGAGAUGAGAGAGGCCGCCGCCACGGAAAUCCGCAGAGCCAUCACUGGUCGUAUUCCCGACAGCCUGAGAAACUGCGUCAAUAAGGAGUUCUUUGUUACCACGGCGCCCUGGGGAAUGAUGGAGCAGCAGCAGCCUCAAGUUCACCCUGAAAUCAACGGUGCCGCCUACAGCCGAGUGAACCAAACCAUGGUACAGGCCAUAGCAACGGGGGGAAUGCAGGACAAAUUAUAUACCUAGAUCUCAACUCAGAUUCCCCCCUGGUGUGAUGGGUAUCGCCCCCGGUGGGAUCACUGGACCUAUGGAAGGGUUGGUGCCCGGGGGUGUGCCAAUCGCCCACACCUUGCCCCUGGGCACCCAUCCGUCCCAGGCCACCUCUCCAAAUCAACCCUCCAAACACGGCAACCCUAUGAGAGAGCACAUGAGUGAGCCGUAGCAGGAUGGCUGGCGUAGCCGAGCAGAGACAUAAACUCAGUGUAGACUAAGAAACUGACCAAGUCAACCCACCCAACCAUAUGCUUGAUGUCAGCCGUCUGGACCUACCAGCAAACUGCCUGCCAGGCAAAUGUUUCACACUUUUCGUUUUGUAUGAAACCACCAAGCUGGAGUGAGGACAGUGGACGGUAGGACACACCUGAGCUGCCACACAAAGACGGGACUGACCGUCAAACUCGAGCAGCAGAGCCCAGGCGUCCCCUCCCUCCAUAUUAGAUUUUGUUUACCAAACUAAACGACCCUUUGGGUUAUAUCUGUAUCCUUACAUAUACAUUGGGGAAAUCCUUUUGGACUUCUAGGACAAGCUACCGGGAGCCAAGCGCAGGAACCCGACUCAACCUUCCUGGUUUUAAAGGACGACGUGUCAUUAAACCUGUCUUGUGUUUGUUAGGUUAUUUUUUUUUACUAUUAUUGGUUUAUUAUAUAUUUUGUGUUUCUGUUGCAAAUGAAUAUCUGUUUUUCAGUGAGUUAAAUUUAAUAAAUUUACCAUUAUGCUAGGCAGAGCAGAAAAAAAUCCACCAAUCAGCAAGUAGAUCAGAGAUCAGGACUCUGUGCCCUUUCUCUUCAUUGGUGCUCCAGAAUGUAAAAUCCAGUUAAACACCGUUUUAAAUCAGGAGGUGGAAAUGAAUGUUUACACCAAAAAUAGGAUUAAAAUGAUAAAAAAUUCAACAAAGCAAUCCAACGUUGAACAUGUAAUGGUCCUACUCUGCUGAACCAAGGUGAUAUUUGAGUCUUAUGAGCAGAAAAUUCCCCGUUAGCAUCCAAAGGAGCUCAUUUGCAUGGCAGAAAUGCACUUAUGAGCUACUGAGGUAUUAGUAAAGGAACAGAAACAGGAAGUCUCAGGAAACUACAAAGUAACAUUAAAUCUGAACAGAAAAUAAGAAAACCAAUCAUCCGGAUUACUGCUUCUCAUAUCUGUCUCAAUUGUGGUAUUUUUUUAAUAUAUCCAAUUGUACAUUUUAGAUGUGUGUGAAUGUUUUCACUCCUGUUAGAUUUGUAUCGGCUUGUUAAAUGUUCAUAUUGCCGUAGUCUUACGUGACCACGACCCCGCCCCUCCUCUCAUAGUUUCUUUGUUUUUCUGCUCUAAUGAGGGCCAGCUGUGGCUCUCGGUGGCCCCCCACCCUCCUCCUCAGCACCGUGACGUUAGAAAGAAGUGGCUGCAACAGAUUGUUUGGUUUUUAGUGUGAGUAUUUGUAUUUGUUUCUUGUACAAGGUGAACGUAUAGCAUUCAGUGCAGCUGGAAACAAUAAAUAAAACUUACUGUUCUGAUUGAUGAUUGGUAGAACACUGCUCUGGUUCGUUUUUAUCCGUUUAAAAUAUUUCUCAAGAAAACUGAAAACUGGGACAAAUGAGUGAUUAAAAAAGAAUAUGAACUUUUGUUAGUUUAAAAUAUAAUCAAGCCAAGUUGUGAUUUCCAGAUAAAACACAUAACCAGUUUACAACUUCUGUAAAGCAGUAGCUAUUUCACAUUAAUGUGAUUUCUAAUAAAUAAAAUCUUUGUUUAUCAAA